AUGGCGCGCACUGAUUGGUUCUCGGCAGCAAUAGUCUUCAGUAUUGUUGAUAAUCACAUAUAUAACCUUGGAAUAUGCAACAGAAUCACAAUCACACAACUCAACAGCACAAAUUUCGCUUCAAUGUUUCAUGACAAUGUCUAUGAUGUUGAGGAACUUUCCCCCAAUGAUCGUUCCCUCUUUGCGCAGAAAUACCGGGAAUAUCUCCGCUGUAUAGCGCAAGUAGCAAUAUGGACCACCUACAUCUACUUUGCAGUGCGGUUGUUUUUCACUUUGACAACUCUUGACCGAACAUGGAAGAUGUGGAUAAUUAUUGGAAUUGAGGGUUUAUUUGGUCACAUAUCCCUGAACCACCAACGCCUGUCCUUAGCCGCAACAACAAAGUCCCCACACCGGACACCCCGCAGGAGAUUACACGGCAAUGAGAACCUGCCUAGAGUCGAUGUGUUAGUAACAUGCUGCGGAGAGCCAGUCGAAAUCAUCUUGGACACAGUCCGAGCAGCCUGUGCUUUAGACUACCCAGCUUCGCGGUUUCGAGUCCGGCUUCUGGACGACGGGGGAUCAAUUGACCUGCGCGACGCGAUUAUGAGGCUCACCACGCAAUGGAAUCACCUAUCCUAUCACACCCGUGGCAAGCAGUCUGGGAAAUCCUUUGCCAAAGCGGGCAACCUCAACUACGCCCUGUUUUCCCUACAAACCGAAGACCCACCAGAGUUCUGCACAGUCGUCGACGCCGACUCCAUCUUGAUGCCGGAGUUUCUGCGUGCAACGCUGCCCCAUCUACUUGCAGACCCGGAGGCAGCAUUGCUGACCACGCGACAAUAUUUCUAUAAUCUACCCCGUGGUGAUCCCCUCUCCCAGUCGCGGGCUUACUUCUACACAUGUGAGAAUGCAGAACUCAAUCUUCUCGGUCAUGCACUGGACGCGGGAUCAGGCGCAGUCUUCCGUCGUGACGCAAUUCUCGAUGCAGGUGGAUAUCCGACCUAUUCAUUCUCGGAGGAUUGGCAGCUGUCGUUGAUCUUACGAGGGCUGGGGAAGCGGACGAUGCAGAUACAAGAGGUUUUACAAUUUGGUCUCGUUCCUACCUCCCUUGCUGGGCAUCUCAAACAGCGGAAUCGAUGGUACAUUGGACACUCUCAACAGAUUUCUGUGAUGUUCCCUUCUGUCAAUAAGGCAAUUCCAGAGCAUCUGCGUUGGGAUAUUGCCCUUGGAGGACUGUUUAUCAUGACAGGUCUUGUAACCUAUUCAAUCGGAUUUGUUGCUCUGCCCUUUCUUCUUGUCUCUGAUGGUGGAUUUAUACCUGCUGGAUCGUCGUUGGAAGUCAAGAUCCAGCUUGUUUUGGGCAUUGCGCAUGUUGCAUCUACAUGGGCAUAUGAUUGGGCUCGAAGUGCACAUGCGGGUGUUCCAUUUGCACCAUUUGCACACGCGGAAAAUAGUUGGCUUGCUACCGCCCAUUUGUACGCCGUUGUACGAUUCCAUUUACUUGGAAGCAAGCCAAAGGGAUCUUUUGUUACUGGAAGCACCGCCAAUUCGAAUGGGAACGCCGCAUCCGUCUCGCGAUUCCAAAAGGCAUAUAGAGAUACUCUUCAAAGUGGUGCUUUGUUGAACAUUUGUCUUUUUAUUUUGACUAUUGGAGCCAUGGUCUUUGCUACCUGGGUGGCUAUCUCCGGAGAUGGACCAGUAAUUCCUAAACUGCUUACUACAGUUGCUUGGCCGCCGUUGCUACACUUGUGUUUUUUGGCCAUUGUCAACAAUUGGGUGCCUAUUGCUCAUCUUUUCAAUUCCCCAAUAUAUCACCCCAGAGACACUAGAUUUAUCACCACUGAGAAGGGAAUAUCGUGCCUACGAACGGAGGUUGAAGAUGAACUUAGCUCUGAAAAGUCUUUCCUCGGUCUCUGCUGCACCUUUGUGGUGCCGAUUGUUCUUUUGGGGGCGCUUGUGGGUGUUGUGAUAUCAUAA